UAUUCAGCAUGUUUUGCACAAGAAAUGUCAGCCAGAAAGGGCUAUCUGCUCCCUUCGCCAAAUUAUCCCACAACAAUGUCAUGCUCGGAGAGCCCAGCCGCGAACUCUUUUUUGGUCGACUCGCUCAUCAGCUCGGGCAGAGGCGAAGCGGGCGGCGGUGGCGGCGGCGCAGGGGGCGGCGGCGGUGGCUACUAUGCCCACGGCGGGGUCUACCUGCCGCCGGCCGCCGACCUGCCCUACGGGCUGCAGAGCUGCGGACUCUUCCCCGCGCUGGGCGGCAAGCGCAAUGAGGCGGCGUCGCCCAGUGGCGGCGGCGGUGGUAGCAGCGGGGGCCUAGGGCCUGGGGCUCACAGCUACGCGCCCGCGCCCAUAGACCUGUGGCUGGACGCUCCGCGGUCGUGCCGGAUGGAGCUGCCCGAGGGCCCGCCGCCGCAACAGCCCCAGCAGCAGCCACCGCCCCCGCCACAGCCACCUCAGCCCCAGCCGCAGGCCACCUCGUGCUCCUUCGCGCAGAACAUCAAAGAGGAGAGCUCUUACUGCCUCUACGACUCCGCGGACAAAUGCCCCAAAAGCUCAGCCGCCGCUGCCGAGCUUGCCACCUUCCCGCGGGGCCCACCGCCCGACGGCUGCGCCCUCGGUUCCUCCAGUGGGGUGCCAGUGCCGGGCUACUUCCGCCUCUCGCAGGCCUAUGGCACCACCAAGGGCUACGGCGGCAGCGGCGGCGGCGGCGCACAGCAGCUCGGGGCCGGCCCGUUCCCCGCGCAGCCCCCGGGGCGCGGCUUCGAUCCACCUCCCGCACUAGCCUCUGGCUCGGCGGACGUGGCCCGGAAGGAGCGAGCCCUCGAGUCGCCGCCGCCCCCUACGCUGGCUUGUGGCGGCAGUGGCGGCGGGGGCUCCCAGGGCGAAGAGGAGGCGCACGCGUCGUCCUCGGCCGCCGAGGAGCUCUCCCCGGCCCCUUCCGAGAGCAGCAAAGCCUCGCCCGAGAAGGACUCCUUGGGCAAUUCCAAAGGCGAAAAUGCAGCCAACUGGCUCACGGCAAAGAGCGGCAGGAAGAAGCGCUGCCCUUAUACGAAGCACCAGACGCUAGAGCUGGAGAAGGAGUUUCUGUUCAACAUGUACCUUACUCGAGAGCGGCGCCUAGAGAUCAGCCGCAGCGUCCACCUCACGGACAGACAAGUGAAAAUCUGGUUUCAGAACCGUAGGAUGAAACUGAAGAAAAUGAACCGAGAAAACCGGAUCCGGGAGCUCACAGCCAACUUUAACUUUUCCUGAUGAAGCUCCAGGCGACGCCGUUUUUUUUUUUUUUUUUUUUUUUUCCGCUUCCAGGGUCCCCUCUGUCUUCGGCCUCUGCGCUAGGAACUCGCACCUGUGCCGGGGAGCCCCAUUCUUCCCUCCCACACUCGCCAUCUCGCCUGCGUUACAUCUGUGCAGGGCUGGUUUGUUCUGACUUUUUGUUUCUUUGUCUGUUUGCUUGGUGCUGGUUUAUUUGUUGUUUUCUGGGGAAAAAGCCAUAUCGCGCUAAAAUUCUGUAGCUAGGUCUUGUCCUAAAUGUCAAGUGCUGGCUGGGCUGGGUUUGCUGCCUUGGGGUCCCACAGCUCCAAAUGGCCCCUGUGCUUCUGGCCAAGCUGGUUUCCUGGUCAGCCACGGGGGGCAAAACUAGCCGGAAGGCCGAGGUCCCACUGUCGGCGCUGAGGUGUCUGGCCUGAGGUCAAUGGUGCAGGAGCCACCACGGGCUGGCCAGCGGCGAGGGCUGGGUUGUAUUUAAUCAGGGGAUGCAGGCCCCUGGUUUCUUUUUUUCUUUCUUCUUUUCUUCCUUGGCAAAGAGAAGGGCUUAUAGGCAUGGUCAUGCAGGUUGGCAAAAGGGUUUGACUUUGGCUGAUUGGAAAAGCAAGAAAGAAAGAUGAAUUUUUCCUUCCUCUGUAAGAUAUCCUAGCUUUACAAAAAACAAACACGAAAGACCAGGAGAAGCAAAUGCCCAGUUUCUGCCAGGUUUUGCAUUGCUGAAUUAAAUUACUUCUGAAUUUCCAUAUCUUUCAGGAUGUAGAUAAAUAAUGUAGUUUUCUUUAUACACAUGGAGUAGUAUUUUCAUUUUCUUUUCUUUUCCUUUUUGUCAUGAAAUAAUCGUUACCACUGGUAACAAUGACAAGCACACCACAAUUCUCCCUAUCUUGUGGAGGUUUUUUUUUUUUUUUUUUUUUUUUUAAUUCACUUUUAAAACUUUCUGAUAUUCACAGAAGCCAAGGAGGGCUGGGGCAAGCGGAAACGACCAGAGAAAGGGAGACAUUGUUUAAAUUUCUUUAUACUGUGAAGUUACAUGCAUAAAAGGGUCAAACCUGUAGGUGCAGAGAAAGAAAAAUUAUAAAUACAAAUCUGUAUAAAUGUCUAUUAUUAUGAAAAAUUACCAAUCUUGUUUUAAGCAAAUGCAUUCUAUCGUUAUUAUAAAUGUUAGUUCUAGCUCUAUUCUAAUCUUAAAUCAGAAUAAAUUAAUAUUGUAAUGCUGCUGUGAGUGGGGGAAAAAAAGACGAUGUUUAUGUUCUUAUAGAAGAAUAAAAGCUGUGGAAUGAAGCUUUUUAAUUUUA